AUGUCAAAUCCAAGUGCCACUGCUGGUGAAAAGACUGUUCCGUCGGUUUCUACGUCUUCUUCUACGUCACGUGUACCUGGAUCGUCUUCUCAUCCGAGAACUAGUGUCGAAACCAAGCCGUCAACCAAUAUGUCGUUCAAUAACGAAAAAUUGGAUGCUACCGGAUGUCGACCACUCAAACCACCAGGUGAAUUGUUGAAUUACCAUUAUUGGCAAUUUGUUAUGGGUACUGUUAUCAAAGGCUCUUCCUUUGGUUAUGUACUGCGAGAUAAUCAACCGUUUCCGCUACCAUCUUCUGACGAACAAGCAAGAUGUAAAGUUUCGGCUUUGAUUCUACGAUAUUGUUAUAAGGUUCUUCUCAUCUUAAUCUUGUUCGUAUUCAAUCAAUUCUUCUUCAUGUCUAAUCCUAGUGCUACAGCUGGUGAUAAGACCACUUCGACUUCAUCUAAAUCUCCUGGAACGACUCAACAACAAACCGGUCAACAGCAAACCGGUCGGUCUGAGUUAAAACCACCGAUCACCAUGACUUACAACAAUGAAAAGUUGGAAGCCACUGGUUUAUUAGAGGUUCCUCUUUUGGUUACGUCAUACGCGAUGUUCAACCUAAUCCAUUACCGGCGUCUAAUGAACACGAUCGAUGUAAAGUUUCGGCAUUAA